UUAACAUUCAAUAUGUAUUACCAGACUUUAGUGCUCUGUUGUGUGGCUCUGGCUUCGGCCGACCAGUAUCAGGACGCUUUGAAGAAACUAUGGAACAAAGACAGUGAUUCUGUGAUCGACGUCACCAGUGCCUCUAUUGUCAUCAAACCCUCAAGCUUCCAGUCCAGAGAGUCCAGGGUUCCAUACACGUAUCAACGAUAUGCCUUCAAGCCCCGUGCUAUUCCCCUCAGACCAGAAGAGCCUCAAGUUGAGAGAAACAUGUAUUACGCUGAUGUUAAAAAUAAGAGCAAUAUGCUUUUCCCUGGUAAUUACAUGCCAAUUGCCAAAGAGAAAAGUAAUUUGACGGAUGAUGGCCAGUUCCAUGUUAGAGCAAUACCUUUGAUCAGAAGAGAAGAAUAUGAGAAACGGUCUUUGGAUGUUGAGGAACCAAUUAUUGAGAAACCCGAGGGAUUUUCAGAGCCUACUGUCUCAAGGAGAUCAUUAUCAUACAUAAUGGGCGAUGACGACGCAGAAGACGAAUUCGAAGACGAUGACAGAGAUUAUGAAGAAGAAGAAGAUUUAACUAGUAUCAAAGGAGAAGGAGAAGAGAGGCACAAGAACAAGAGAAAGAAGAUUAAGCCUAAGAAACUCAAGAAAUACAUGCUUCCUCUGCUACUGGCUUAUAAGAUGAAGUACUUCGCUCUGGUACCAGUGAUGAUCGCGGGGCUGAUUCUGUUAAUAGGUGCUACAGGUUUAGCAGGAUUUUUCUUUGCAUUAUUUGCAGCAGUCAUGGGACUACAGAAAGGAGGAUAUUAG